CUGAUUGUUCUACUGUCAUUCGAGAAUUUUAUUUGCCGUGCCUUCGCCAUAUUUAUGUCAGUGAUUCAUAAAACCUGAUUUUUAAGGAAUUUACCUGUAGUGUUUUACAUUUAAGUGUUAUUCGUACAGAAGAUCAAAAUCCGAUAAAAAUGGAAGAACAAGGAGGAAGCUCAGGGCCCAGAGUAAGCGACAAGCGAUUGGCCCAGACUCAAGCUAAAGUCGAUGAAGUUGUUGGCAUUAUGCGCGUCAACGUCGAGAAAGUUUUGGAGAGGGAUCAAAAGUUGUCAGAACUAGACAACCGUGCUGAUGCAUUACAGCAUGGAGCUGCGCAGUUUGAGCAACAGGCUGGCAAACUGAAACGGAAAUAUUGGUGGCAGAACCUGAAGAUGAUGUUAAUUAUUGGUGCUAUUGGAGCGAUUCUUCUUAUCAUUAUUAUCGUUUGGGCUACAUCAGGGUCGGGUGGAUCUGCGGCUCCUCCUCCAGCUAUAACUGAAGCUCCUGCAAACACAGGGCGAUAGUCACUAAACAAACUUGUAACAUAAAGGAACCUUUGAUAUGAAUACUUAUUUAUGCUGCUCUUCAUAAAAAAAACGCGAGUUUUAGACCAAUAUGCGACUGAAAAGUAUGUAGGGAAUCUAUAUUUUGUACUAUUAACUAUAUCCAACGCACACAUAUUCAUUUAGGAUACAAAUCUUGGUAAAUGGUUUGAUAUUUUUCUAUAAUGUACUGUAUUGAAAUAGUUACUGUUAUUAUACAAUUUAAGUGAAUUUAAUUCACUACUAAAAGACUUGUUUACAAAUUGUUAUACUUCUGAAAGGAAACAAAAGAGAAAUUAUAAAACAUUGAGUGUUGCUUUUGCAAACUUUUGUAAUUUUGUACUUUAUAAAGUGGCCAACUAUUGUACAGAAUCACCUUGUGAUAAGUAGUAUUAAAUAAAAAAUAUUGUAAUGCAAACCUAUGUUAAAAGCUGGCUGGGUUGACACAAAGAACUGAUAAUUAUCUGCACAAAAAUAAUGAGAAGCAAGUCAGUUUGGAAUUGUUCUUGUUGCUUAAUUGAGGAAAUCCUCUUUUAUAAUCACUGUUACAAAAUUAAUAUAUGUUUGAUAAAUGUAUUAUUCGGACCCAGUUCAUUUAGCACUUUGUAUAAACUAUUUUAAGAACUUAUUUCACAUUAUGCUGUGUAUCUGCUUAUUUUUGAAUUACAGUUUAAGUUCAAGUUUUGAUUUAAUGGAAACAUAGUGUGAAACAUUUAUUGAAGCACAAGAUGUUUAGUUUUAAUUUGUCUAUUAUUAUGUAAUUAGCACAUUCUAUCAGUUGGUAUUAAUCAUUAUUUAGUUAUAUUUUACCAAUAUAUUUGUAAUGCAUUUUCAAAGAUUACUAAUGGCAGUUGGGACCAACAUUGCGCUUUUAUCGCACAGCAUCUAAGGUCCGUUCACUGAUUGGGUCUUGACAUUAAACCAGUUCGAUGUUGUAUGCAAAGUGUAUGUAAUAUCAUAAUCUUAGUUGUUUUGUAUUCUAUAAGAAAUAAUAAAUAUAUGUAUUUCUUCCA